AUGGCGCUGUCAAAGGCGGCAUUAUCCCUAGUGAUCGCUCAAUUGUAUGGGGGCGUGUCCGGCUCACCAGCACCCCUUCCAAACGCUGCUCCGCAUCCCAUGAUCACACCCUCGCCCGCCCUGCAUGAUCCAUCGAGGACAUUUAGAGCGAGAGGCAUCGUCAGCGAUGUCACGGAAGGAUUCGGCGGCUUUACCUCAGGAGUUGAUUCGGUGUUUCGUAGUCUUGGAUCGGCAAUUCCGUCCUACGUCGCAUCUGGUGUACCCAACUUCUUCCAAGAUUUCCCCGUCGGCGACAAGGUGCAGAGUUCGCUCGGAAUCGACGACGAGCAGGUGCGGGCACUGCCUACGCAGGUUCUGAACGUUCCGCCUUACGCGAAUUGGAGCAAUGGCGCAUGGAAUAUACGGUUCAGAGGAAAUGUCUACAAACAACCCAAUACCUCCGAGGGGAAGCUGAAUGAACUUGCGAAUAUCUUCCUCAUCGAUACGGAUGUCCAGGACUUGCCUCCAGAACAACAAGCGCAAGCCCGCAAUGUCACCGCGUCCAUAUUCAUCCUGCAGCAAGAUGACGAAAACGUUACCAUGCAUAUGGAGCCCGCCGAUUCGGCGGGUUCAAGCGGCGAACCUGGUGGUGGAGGUGCCGUCACACCAGAGGGUGGCGUUCAAAACGCCACUCUCCCCGACCCAACCACCGAGCUCGGCGAUUUCGAUGCCUUCGUCCCAAUUGAACUGAACGGAUUGACCGCCGGCGACGAAGCGACCGAAAUCCAGCGACUCAAUGUUUACGCGGAGGGUGCCACUUUGGGAAACGCAACCGCAUACCUGGUCCCUCCCACCGGUCUGACCAUUAUAUCCGACAUUGAUGACGUUCUCCGCGUCACGAAGAUCUACAAGCCCGAUGAAGGUAUCCUGAAUUCGUUCGCCCGCCCCUUCACCCCCUGGUUGAACAUGCCCGACAUCUACGCCAACUGGAGCCGCAGCAUCCCCGACACGCACUUCCACUACCUCACCACGACCCCGGAGCAAGCGACGCGCAUCUACAUGGACUUCAUUUACAAGACCUACCCGGGCGGCUCCUUCGACACCCGGCCUCUGAACUUCUCCGAUGUCUCCGCCACCCUCUCCAUCCGCCAACACCUCCUCGACCGCAUCUUCCAGACCUUCCCGGACCGCAAGUUCGUCCUCGUCGGCGACACCAGCAACUCGGACAUGAUGAAAUCGUACCCGGGCCUGGUGGCCGCGUAUCCGAGGCAGGUGCAGUGCAUUCUGAUGCGCAACACGACCGCGACGGACGAGGAUAUGCUGUUCCCGUACAACACCGAUGGGUUCAAGGACUUGGAUCAGCAGAUGUAUAUGUUUUUCAACACGCCGGACGACCUGACUGGGCUGGAUAUCGCGGGUGGGAAUUGCUAUAAUGCGUCGGUGCCGCAGCACCUCACGUUUGGGUAUCAGGCGGAGCGGUUGGGGGUGCAUGGAGAUACGGGUGCCGCGGGACGGGUUGGCGUGAGUUGGUACGCGGUCGUUGGCCUUGCUUCAUUCAUUGGCGCCUUUUUAGCGUUGUAG